AUGGGCAGCAGACUCCCAUCAGUCGGGACCAGCCGCCUAUUGUGUUCCCCACGCUGCAGCACGGGGCGGCAUUUACCGUCGCGCCCAAGGCGAGAAGCAGAGAACUAUCCUCCAAUCAGUAGAGGAUCAUUUCACUCCUCCCGUGAGGCUUCUGCUGAUGCAAAUUUAUUGCUGACAUGCAGGGAUGGGGCUUUUUACAUCUUUGCUCCAACACAAUCCUGCCACCUGGACUGAGUGGCAGAAGAGAGGAGGACUAACAUGGAUCUACCUUUUCCUUCUGCAAACUGAAAGUGGGAUUCACUUUAACAGCUGCACAAGUACUUGCUGAGGACAUGUUCUUAGUUUAUCCCUCAUUUAGUUUGUGCUCUUCUUAAAGCAGACACAAUCAGAUGCUGGACUGCAGUCAUUUUUAAGUUGACACUGUUGCGCGUUCCGUCUUCACUUUGACUACGGCUGUCAUGCUCCUCUCAGGGGUUCAUUGAGGGUUAUUCCCAUUUGCUCCUGCAUGUGCGCCUCAGAGUGUGGUCGUCUGUCAGGCUUCGGGAUUACAGCACCUCUGGAAAAGAAUACAGGUGCAGUGAAGCCUUGAUCAAGGCUUAACUGCCGUAAUAGCUUGUUCCUGGCAGCCUGCGGAGCCAGGGACGCUUCACACACGGCUCAAGCUGCGACUGCAUUGACACUUGCUGCAGGAGGAUUAUAGAUAAAAGGUUAAAGCAACAUGAUUUGACUCAGAGGGCAAAACCCAGAUGACAGGGGAAGUUGUAUUGAGUUUGGGCUUCCUUGUAAUCCAGGUUGUCCUCACGGAAUGUAAUAUCAGUGAGGAAUAUUAAACAAAAGAGAAGAGAUCAGAAAAUAAAACACAGAAGAAACUUGACCUCUGUAAUAAUCAAUCACAAAAUCAAAUCAGUCUGUGAUUAGAUAUUGAUUUCUAGGGCCAGACAGGAUACUUUCUUGUCUCAUUUGUCAUCUCAAGAGGUCACUGAUUUCAUUAGGUGUCAUUCAGUCUCACCCUGUAGCAGUCAGUUAGGCUCCUUAUAAUCACCAACUUGAUGGUAUUUGACAACAGAUAUGAUAAAAAAAAGAGAAUUUUCUGCUGAGAUAUACAAUGGUUGAGCAUGUUUCCUUAUUCUCAUAUUUGGUGUUUACAGAAAAUGAGGACAUGAGAUGAGUACAUGACACUUCGCCCUGAAUUGAAAGGCCAAAGGGUAAAAGAGCACAUUUGCUUCACCAUCCCCUUUCCAGAAGCUUUGAUGAGUGCAUGAGUAAUAGGAAAACAUCUGGAAAACAGAAAUAUUUGACAGCACGUAAAGUGCCGCAUGACACUUUUUAGAGUUCUAAGUGUACAAACUUGGCAAAGAGCACAGGGCAGCACCAAGCGGAGAACAACAAAAGUCCUGUCAAAUCAGUUUUGCUGAAAAGUUGGAAAGGGAUGUGUCUGAAAAGAGCACAAACUUUGAUAACACAGACAAUCACGUCCACAGUGGACUAACAUGAAUGACAUGUUUUCCCGAAGAACACAAAUAAGUGUGCCAUCAAGCAUUGGACUUCCGAACAAAGCACAAGGGUAAUUUUUGAAGGUGAGGAAGAGGAGUGAUACAACACAGCAAGCCAGGGUGGGGCCUACUACCCCUGACACGGACAAAGACCUCGGAAGAAAUCGUUCUGCCAUAAGAACCGCUCAUCAGAUCACUGCUCUGGACCUCCGCUGUCUUGCAGUGGGUUAGACAUCACGAUGGGGUGCAACAUGUGUGUGGUCCAAAAGCCAGAAGAACAAUACAGGGUCAUGUUCCAGGUGAAUAAAAAGGAGCUCUGCCGCCUGUCUGGGGAUCCCACACUGGACAUACGGGACCCUCUGUUGUCCAGCCUAUUGAGACGUGGGGCGCGCAGACGUGCAGGCCCGACGGCGCCCCCUGCGGCGAUUGUACCAGUGACCAUGGGGAUGGCCGACUGUGUGGACAGCUGCACCCAAACGGACAUCAGCUUCCAACAUAUGUUGACUUUAGGCAAAAGCAGACAGCAUCCUUGUGGAGCUCCGCCUCCACCAAACCCUCCGCCCUCGCCUCCUCUACCCCCACUACUGGAGCCAUAUCUACUCAAUGAACUUUUCCUAGAGCCCGUGUACUACGACCCCGCCGACUACUUUGACAUCACUCAGCACGACGUCGACAGGCAGGAUGAGCUGGAAUAUGAGGAGGUGGAGCUGUACAAGUCUCGUCAGCAGGAUAAACUGGGACUGACCGUCUGCUACAGAACAGACGAUGAGGAGGAUCUCGGGAUAUAUGUCGGCGAGGUGAACCCAAACAGUAUUGCUGCUAUGGAUGGACGCAUCCGUAAGGGGGACAGAAUACUUCAGAUCAAUGGCGUGGACGUCCAGGACAGAGAGGAGGCGGUUGCUAACCUCACCAGAGAGGACAGCACUAAUGUCUCCUUGAUCCUCGCGCGACCUGAGAUAGAGAACGACAACCAGCUGGAUCUCCACGAAGCAGAACUGGAGCCGCUGGACAAUGCGGGCCAUCUGCUUGGCAACCACAGCACCUCUGACCCUGCCUCCCCCCCAGGGGAUAGCGCUAGUGGCGGCCAUGAUUGCUGCAUCAACAGAGAUUCGCCUGAUCUGCUGCAGACGGUGCUGAGCAACAGCCAGGAGCUGGACAGCGGCGUGGGCCGCACAGAUGAAAGCACUCGUUACGAGGAGUCUUCAGAACAUGACCUUCUGGGAGACGACCACACCAGCGCCUCCAAUACCAACGCCACCAACACACCCGGAAGCCUUCGCAAGUUGGUGUACUCCCAGGACCUGCAGUGCAGCACAGACUCGCUCUUAGGUCUGGAUCAGCUGGAGCCAAGCGAGAGGAUGAUGAUGCCUGGCCUAACUGAGGAAGAGUGUGAGAGGUACAAAGAACUCCUGGAGAUCAAGUGUUACUUCGAGAAGAACAGCAGCGUCUCUCUGGACGAGAACAGGAACGAGAGCCUGACUCAGCAGGAGAUGGCACUCCUGGAGGAGGAGCUGCGCCACUUGGAGUUCAAGUGUCGGAACAUCUUGAGGGCGCAGAAGAUGCAGCAGCUGAGGGAGCGCUGCCUCAAAGCUUGGCCUCUGGAGGACAAUAGCAGCGCCCGUUUGGAGGAGUCUCGUCACCACGCUCUGUCGGACAUCAACGAGCUGCCAGAGAGGGAGCGCUCUGACAAGGACAGCACAAGUGCCUACAACACUGGUGGGGAAAGCUGCAGGAGCACCCCGCUUGUCAACGAGCAGCACCUUUCCCCUUUUACACCCAGCCUGGACGGAGGAGUACCUCUACUCCUGUGCAGUUCCUCCAGGCCGAAAGAGAGGACGACCCGAAGCGAGCGAGGGGAUGGCCUCCUCGCCAACCUCAACCAAACCUUGGCCUCUCACAAGAGAGGCUCCAACAGCUCCUUGUUCCAGAAUGGAGAAGCUCGGAGGGGCUCAGACGGCGGGACAAGACGUACCUUUAAAGCGAGCGAGACGAGGCCGGGGGGCCGCAGCGCAGAGAACAGUCCUUACAUGUCCCGCCGUCACGACACAAAGCUGCCUCAGCGCUACCUGAGCUGCAUGCAGCUGAGGUCUUCUUCCAACUGUGAGAAGCUCGGGGGACCAGAAGAAGGUGUGGACCUCAGAGGAGGAGACAUCAGCCCCAUGAGUCUGGGUAGCACCUGUAAGAACGUGGAGCCUCUUCCCUUGUCACCUCGCAUGGAGUGGAAGGUGAAGAUCCGCAGCGACGGCUCGCGCUACGUGGCGAAAAGACCAGUUAGGGAUCGCCUGCUGAAGGCCCGGGCCUUAAAGAUCAGGGAGGAGCGGAGUGGCAUGACCACGGACGACGACGCGGUUAGCGAAAUGAAAAUGGGCCGCUACUGGAGCAAAGAGGAGCGCAAGCAGCAGCUGCAGAAGGCCAGGGAACAGCGGCGGCGCCGGGAGAUGAUGAUGCAGAGUCGCCUCGAAUUCAUGAGCGAGCGGGAGCAGGGCGGCGCCGGCGGGCAGCAAGGGGCCACGCAGCAACAGGAAGCCACCUCCAUCCAGGAGCUGUGCCAUCGCAGGAGCACCAAAAAACGCAGUCGCAGGAUUCUGGACAACUGGAUCACAAUCCAGGAACUGCUGACUCACGGGAGCAGGUCUGCCGACGGCACAGAAGUUUAUAACCCACUGUUGUCCGUCACCACAGUCUAAGGACAAGACUCCAAUGCUUGAACUCUUGGGUCUAACCUAACACAUGGACAAUAUCUAGUAUUGGCAAAGAAGAAACAGGAGCAGUUAAAAACUCGCCUUUUGAGCCACUGAUCAAAAGCCUUAAACAUAUGUAAAUGUGCUAAAAUUUGAUUUUAUGUCCCUGUCAUAACCUCCUGGUGACAGUAAAAACAUUUUCCAUUUCUGAGAAAAUUGUGAGUUACGACUAAAACGUCAAACUGCAUAUUUUGUAGUUUAUAUAUUGGCUGUGAAAUGAACCCACUCAAUCAUCUAAGAAAAAUGAAGUAGCAGCCUGGACUCCACCUGGAGAGAACUCUUUUGGAACACUCACAUUUUUAAAAAGCUACUUCAAGGCACACGUAUUCCAUUGGCCGUUUUAGAUCUUUGCACCAGCUACAUGUGACUCUAACCUAAAUAGCACAAGAAUAAAAACAAGUUGAAUGGUAAAAAUCCCAACACAAAUAAAGAUAAGUCAAAAUAAAAUGGAGCUGAAUGAAAAGAUUCAGUUGGAGGGUGUGGCAACGCAGAAAAAUCACUGCCACUACUUUCCUGCGUUAAAUAUGAAAACAGCGCCAUCUGGUGAUUGAUUAGUAGUGUAACCAUAAAUCACCCCUAUUCUGGAAAUGAGGACAAACAAGGAAAUGAAAGCACAACAAAAAAAUAAACAGAACUGAAUUUGUACAACAAUUCUGAUUUAACAGAAGAUAUAUAUUGGAUGCUUUUUAAUCCCACCAAGGGUAGUGUGUGAACGAUACCAAGCACAGCAGCAUACAAAUAUUCUUGAUAGUGGUUUAAAUAACAUUUUUUAAAGGUUUCAAGCCAUCCUUUGACUAUCCAAAACAUCCUGUUUACUUACUAAACGUUUUUGGGGAAAAAUGUCAGUUGUCAAUCUCAAGCAUUGGAAUCAAACAACUCUUGACCUUCCACGUGAGCACAUUUUUACCUGCAUGUUGGUCAGAGGCUGCCUUUUACAUGUACUUUCAGACUAACAGCUUUGACAUACUGUGUUUGUAUUAGUGUAGAUGGCCAAAACGUGGUUAACUGUAGUGUUGUCCAGUGUCUAUCAUUUUACCAUUAUCAAACCCUUUUCUUCAUUAAACAAUGUU